AUGAUGAAGAGGGCCUGGAAUGCCGCAUGCUUUUUGGCAACAAUGACAGUAUACCUUUCAUACAUAAUUGUUGGAUGUAUGAUUGUGUCUGUUGUUAAGCCUGUACUUUUCGGAGAGAAGGCCCAGGAUGCCCUCCGAAGACUGACAAAGGUUGCAUGGCUCCAUCUUACGCGGGCAUCGUUUUACAGAUACUUCCCUAGGAAGGUGUUCAUCAGAUACAACCCAACGAUACUUGAAAGAAGCAGGAAUGUUAUAGUUUCAAACCAUUUGACGGAAUAUGACUGGCUCUUCAUGUGCUGUGUCCUUGACAGCUUUGGAAGAUUCGAGAACCUAUGCAUCAUCCUCAAGAUGUCUUUGAGAGACAUUCCGAUACUUGGCUAUGGCAUGAGGUUUUUCCAAUUCAUCUUCUUGAACAGAAAAAUAAGCAAGGACAGGGAGCUGAUUAUAUCCGGAACCUCGAGGCUCAAGAAAAAGGAGAAGUACGACCUCCUCAUUUUUCCGGAGGGGACAUAUAUAGACAAGUGCUCGCAUCCCAAGUCCCACAAGUGGUCGUCGGAAGCAAACAUGGCGAUUGAGGGAAGACGGUUUGAUCCCGAGGAGGUCCUUAUCCCAAGAACUACUGGAUUCAAAAUACUGAGAGAAGGCAUUCGCGAUGACAUGGAGGGGAUUCUGGAUGCUACGAUGAUAGGAAAUCCCCAUGUAAAGUACCCCAACGACGUUUUCUCUUACUGGGAAGUAAUAGUGAAUGGCUCGCGGAAGGUGAAUUUUAUGUUCUUUCUAGACUACAUUCCCAACAACGACAGCAUGGAUGCGGAUGACUUUCUCUUAAAGCUGUUUGAAAAGAAGGAGAAAGUGAUAUCCAAGUAUAGGAGGGAGAAUGGGGAUGGAUGCAUAAGAAGCAUGGCCGAGUUCAGGAAGGUUGCAGACACGCUGUUUGAUUCCAAGGCUGGAUAUGAGGACAAGGAGAUUGAGCUGUACACCCCCUGGGGCCCUCUCUUCCACGUCAUGUUUGUUCUUGGCUUGGGACUGCUGCUGGGGUCGAUUGUAAGGUUUUUUUCGAAAUAA